AUGGAGAAUAUAUUAAAACGAGGCGGUAAUAUGUCCGCGCAACAAAAGAAGAUCUUGAUUGAGUUUAUUUUCAAAUAUCCUCAAUUAAAACAUGGAAAAUACACUAAAGAGUUCACUUACGAAGAAGGAAGAAAGUUGUGGCAAAUAGUAACGGCACAGUUGAAUGCUUUACCUGGGGCUUUUAAGGAGUGGGACAAGUGGCGUAAGUCGUGGCAUGAUAUAAAGACUACUUCAAAAGCAAAGAGCAGCAAGAUUAAGCGGCAUCAAAAAGGAACGGGAGGUGGGCCCCCUAUUAAAACCAAAUUGAACGAUGACGACGAAAAAAUUCUUGAAAUCAUUGGCCCUACUUCUGUUGACGGGCACCCCAACAUUAAGGAGUCUGCAGCUACAUUUGAGGAGGAUGAUUAUUUAAUGAACGAAGUUGUCGAAGAUAAAAACGUUGUGCAAGACAUAUAUGUCGUGCAGUCAAUUGGGGAAAAUCUCUGGGAAAACUCAAACCAUCCGGUUCUUCUUGAAAUACAUAACAUUAAUGAGAACAUGACAAGUAAAGAAAAAACACCCAAAAAUGCGGCCAACCAAACCGAGAGAAAAAUCGCGUUAAAGCAAGCUUACUAUGACAGGAAAAUUAAGUUAUAUGAAGAAGAAGUUGAAGCAACCAAACAAAUGGCAGCGGCGCUACAAUCCAUAGCGAAGAAUUUAGCACGGGAGUGA